GAAACACGCAUAUCGUCCAAGAACGUCCUGUGCAAACUUUUCAUUUUGUUAUUGAUCAAGGAGAUACGGUCACCGCCCAGGAACGUCCUCAUCAGGAAUUCAAUUGGGUCGAAAGUUGCAAAGGUCAAAUUCCAGAAGGUGCAUGGUAUGUCGGUGGAUACGCUAUUGGCCGUGGGCAGUACAACAAUGGCAAGCAAGUGGGCUAUGUUGUACCUGGGAAGGGUUUGGUGAUCGGCUAUAAUACAAAAGAGAUCACAUUAAGUCAUUAUGAGGUUCUCAAGGGAGAUCCAACUCAAUAUCGUUGGAUUCGAUGUCAAGGUCCGUGCAAGCCACAACAUUUCGUUCCCUUAUACGGCGGUCACGAAGGUGAUGGUCGCGAGUUAUACAUUGCUAAGGGAUGGUAUAACAACCGCGAGUUUAUCGGAAAAGCUGCUCCUCACCUGGGUGGGAUGAACUUCGGAUAUAUGGGCCACGAUCAUUAUCUCCACGAUUAUCAAGUCCUAGCAUUAUUGGAUUAA